AUGCAGGAUCUCAUUCUGCUUGUCUUCAACCUCGGUAUCUUGACCAGGGUCCUCACGCUGAUGUUCACCAACGUGUCGGCCCCUGGUUGUGCCGAGCUCGGAUGCACGUCCUUCGCCGACAUUAUCGGAAUCCUCUUGGCCAUAUUUGGGGGCAUUUUUAUGAUGCUCGGUUACGGCCGGACCCGUGAAUGUGGCACCGAUGACUGCGAUGCUCUCCGCUCCUACCCGGCAGGCCCAGCCCGAGACACGGCCUCGUUCUUGCUGUAUGCUGCUUCUGGCCACGAAACCACCACUCCCCCGGUAUCAGUGCCGACACGGCCCUAUGGUACGCCCUUCGAUACCACCAACAACUUGGUUGCGGUCAAGGCAAUCACCGUCUGGGUCGACAGUGGACAUGGAAACUACGGUAAAGGGACCGGAUUAAGUCCAUUUAGGUCGAGUAGACUCCUAUGA